UUAGCUCCAAGAAUAAUAUCUCACUUGUAUUAUCAUCUAAGUUUGUCUUCAUCUCUUUACUAUCAACAUUAUCAUGUUACCACCUGAUCAUGAAAAAUGUCAUCUCAUUGAACCACCAUACAAGCGACUGCGUAAAGCAUUCAGAGUUACCUACUUCAUCGUUUCCUUAUCCAACACAGCCCGUCGAGCAGCAGCCGCUGCUCGAGUCCUUCCCGUUUCCGUCGAUGCCGAAUACCCACUCCAUGUCGCACUCGAUAUCUCUAUGGAGAUCGAUCGGAAAGCGCUGUCAUUACUUGUGCCGGAGCGUAACAUGGAGGCCCUGGCAAUGUUCGGGGGAGGAGUUGAAUCAUUGGCUGUCGCCCUCCAGUCCGAUACGAAGCUAGGAAUCAGCAGCGGGGAUGUGAAGAGACGGGUUGAAAUGUUCGGUUCGAACACGUAUGUAAAACCGCCGGUUCGGUCGUUUUUCAGCUUUGUGGUGGAGGCGUUCAAGGAUAUCACGAUCAUAAUUCUCUUAGCGUGUGCGAUUCUAUCGCUGGGAUUUGGUAUCAAGCAGCAUGGAAUUAAAGAAGGGUGGUAUGACGGUGGAAGUAUUAUAGUCGCGGUUGUUCUUGUAAUCGCAGUCUCUGCUGUUAGUAACUAUAGACAAGGAACUCAGUUUCAUAAGCUGUCCGAGGAGAGUGAAGAUAUUAAUGUUCAAGUAUUGAGAGACGGAGGCCGUCGACAGCCGAUCUCUGUUUUCGAUAUUGUCGUGGGCGAUGUCAUUUUCUUGAACAUUGGAGACCGUGUGCCGGCGGAUGGGUUGUUCUUGGACGGCCAUUCGAUGAGAGUUGACGAGUCGAGCAUGAACGGCGAGAGCGAUCACGUUGAAGUGGACGCAACCAACCCGUUUUUACUAUCAGGAACGAAGGUGGCGGAUGGUUAUGGUCACAUGAUGGUAACUUCGGUGGGGAUGAAUACGUCUUGGGGAGAAAUGAUGAGUUCGAUUAACCGAGAUUCGAAUGAGCUGACGCCAUUACAGGAACGCUUAACAAAACUAACAUCCUACAUCGGGAAGAUCGGUUUACUCGUGGCAUUUGUAGUUCUUGCGGUUCUUAUGAUCAGGUACUUCACCGGACACACCAACGACGAUCAGGGACGUCGGGAAUUCACCAAGGGGGUGACAAAAUCCGACGAUAUCAUGAACGCGAUGAUUCGUAUCGUCGCGGCUGCGGUUACUAUAAUCGUCGUCGCCAUUCCGGAAGGUUUGCCUCUAGCUGUUACUCUUACUCUGGCUUAUUCAAUGAGAAGAAUGAUGGGCGAUAACGCGAUGGUUCGGAAGCUAUCCGCUUGCGAAACAAUGGGCUCCGCCACGACUAUCUGUACUGAUAAGACCGGCACGUUGACAUUAAAUCAAAUGAAAGUGACGGAAGCUUGGAUGGGGAAGGUAUUAUUAACAGAUAACUUCCCACAAGAAGUUCUUCAAUUACUACACGAAGGAAUUGCUUUGAAUACGACUGGAGAAGUUUAUAACAAGAAGGAGAUUUCUGGAAGCCCGACUGAAUCAGCCAUCCUGCACUGGGCAGUGUUUGAUUUGGGUGCAGACAUUGAAGAGCUAAAGAAACGCCAUGAAAUAGUCCAUGUGGAAGCUUUCAACUCGAAGAAGAAACGGAGCGGAGUUUUGAUUAGAAGAAACGAAAGGGUGGAAGCGCAUUGGAAGGGGGCUGCAGAAAUGAUUCUCGACAUGUGCACGAAUUACUACGAUCAAAAUGGUGUAACUAAGUCGAUGAAGAAUGAAGACAGAAUGCAAAUCAAUGGCAUCAUUGAUGAUAUGGCUGCCAAGAGUUUAAGAUGCAUUGCUUUUGCUCAUAAAGAAAUUGGAAGAGUUACUGAAGAAGGAAUUGAGGAAACCGGAUUGACCUUAUUAGCAAUUGUGGGUAUUAAAGAUCCCUGCCGCCCGGGGGUUAAAGAAGCAGUCUUGUCCUGUAAACAUGCAGGAGUAGACGUGAAGAUGAUUACCGGAGACAACAAAUUCACAGCCACGGCGAUUGCACUUGAAUGUGGCAUCCUGAGAGUAAACGAGGAUCUAACAAACGCUGUUGUGGAAGGCUCAACGUUCAGAAACUACACCAACGAAGAAAGAAUGGAGAAAAUCGAUAUGAUCAGAGUGAUGGCAAGGUCAUCACCAAUGGACAAACUAUUAAUGGUGGAAUGUUUGAAGAGGAAAGGUCAGGUGGUGGCUGUUACAGGAGACGGUACAAACGAUGCACCAGCUCUUAAAGAAGCUGAUAUCGGACUCUCAAUGGGGAUUCAAGGAACUGAAGUAGCGAAAGAGAGUUCAGACAUAGUAAUCAUGGACGAUAACUUCACUUCUGUUGUUACAGUUCUGAAAUGGGGGAGAUGCGUUUACAACAACAUCCAGAAGUUCAUACAGUUCCAAUUGACAGUAAAUGUAGCAGCACUUGUUAUCAAUGUCGUCGCCGCAUUAUCCUCAGGUGAAGUCCCACUUACAGCAGUCCAGCUAUUAUGGGUUAACCUUAUAAUGGAUACUCUUGGAGCCUUAGCGUUAGCCACUGAGCAACCAACAGACGAUCUAUUGACAAAGAAGCCGGUGGGGAGAACAGAGCCACUUAUAACAAAGGUAAUGUGGAGAAACCUAACAGCUCAAGCACUUUAUCAAAUCACGGUUCUUCUGGUUCUAGAAUUCAAAGGGAGAGAUAUAUUUGGGGUGAAUGAGAAGGUGAAAGAUACACUUGUUUUCAACAGCUUCGUGCUUUGUCAAGUGUUCAAUGAAUUCAACGCUAGGAACCUGGAGAAGAAGAACAUAUUCAAUGGGAUAUUGAAGAACAGACUGUUUAUUGGAAUCAUAGUGGUGACUUUGGUACUUCAAGCUCUAAUGGUUGAGUUUCUAAAGAAGUUUGCAUCUACAGAGAGAUUGGAUUGGGGACAAUGGUGUGUUUGCAUUCUGAUCGGAUCUCUUUCAUGGCCUAUUGCUUGGAUUGUCAAAUUCAUUCCAGUUUCAAGGAAAGGUGUUCUUCUUAGCCUCCCAACAAUCAGAACAAUGGAAACCUGAAUAUCAAGCAGCAGCAGCA